AUGCAUAUGUAUGAUGGAACAAAAAAUGAUUUAGAUGCUGACAGUAUUACUAUCUCAAUUGAAGCUCUUACUAUAAAUUGUGUCAAACAAGAAAACAUCAAUGAUAACAAGAUUAGUAAGAUUAAAUUAGAUAUUAAAGAAUUGAUAAAGGUGGUUAAAGACUUGCUAGCAGCACAUAUCUUCCAGACGAUUCCAAAGCUCAAGUUUUACAAGACCUCAAAGGAAUGUUGA